GAAUCGCUCCUCACCUGCACUGGUGAAGAGCAGGUGCUGUGCCCGUCCCGUGUACACACACACACCUGCACCCCUCUUGUGCAAUGUGUACAACGGCUUGAUUCCUUUAAGUGUGAGUUUCCAGCCCUCUGCAGGUUUUUUCUGCAAUCAGAAGAACCUUUCGUGUUGUUUCUCUUGCCUCAGUUUCCUCUCUGACAGUCCUUCAACCAGUGACUAUCCUGGCUUUGUGCAAGGAGGUAAUUGCAGUGACCACCAGCAGUCAAAAAUAAAGCAAUCCUCUUUGGAAGGAGAGCAGAUGAGCUCCGUGAGGGACCCUUACGCCAAGAGACAGCAACAGGCUCCUGGUGCAAAAGGCUAGAAAAUGCCUCCUUGCUCAUGGAAAGCAGGAUCUUGAGGAAGUUGUCAGUGGGAGUGUGAAUGAGGAUUUCACAAUCUGCUCCCCAACGAGGAGAGCAAACCGGCUGCCUGCUGCCUUGGGGCUGAAUCGGUGUUUCUUAUCAGUGAAAGAUAAGGCAGAUAUACAAAGUGCUGAAUUUCUGACAAUACGACAUAGAGUCCCUCAAGGAGAGGCACCUUCAGCAUGGCCCAUAAAAACCACGCUGGUGGAAUUGAGAAAAACAGGUCACUUUCCUCCAUCCUCUACUGUAAGAGUGAUUUAAAGGAAGGAUCCCUGCAGUGGGUGAAAGAAUCCCUCAGUGGCCAGGUGCUCAUGGUGCUCAGCAUGGACAACUGCUCAGCCACCUCCUUUGACAUGGAGCUUUGUGCAGAGAAACUGAAGUCCCUUGGGGUUCAGGUGGCAGCGGAUCAGUGGAGAAGGUUAAUCCAGGAUGCUGUCCUGAAGCCUGAAGUGAGACGGUACAUGUUCUACAACUCCAGGGCGUUCCAGAUAGCCAUCGCCGUGGUUUUCUACAUGUCUCUCUGGACAAACAUUUACUCCGCAGUCCAGCUGUGUUCCUUCGGACGCUACUGGGAGGCCAGCGUGCUGGUGACCCUGGCUGCCGUAGCGGUCACUGUAGUUGUGAUACUGGUUAUCGACCGCCGCCAGAGGAAGAUAAAUAUGAAUACAGAUGUGAGGCUGGCAGCUGUCAAUGAAAUCUUUAUCAAACACGGUUUAAUACUGGGGAUUACAGAUGCGCUGGACGGGCCACACAACAUCCUACAACUGUGGUUUGUGCACUUCAGCCCGGAGCGCUGCCUCCAGUCCUUGUCAGCCCACAUCACGGACCUGCAGAGGACGCGAGAGUCGGGCUUGCGGCACAGCCUGGACCAGCUCUGUGUGGUUAUGGAGGUGGUGGUUCGGCCCGACCCGGGGACGGAGGAGGAGGCUUCACAUGAAGAGUCCCCUCUUUUAUCCAGCGGAGUGAACGUAAAUAAAGAGCCUGUGACAUGCAACGAGCUGCUCCGCCUCAUUCCUGAGGGCCCACCAGAGGUGAUGGCCCAGCAGCUCCUGGUGAUCUUCAGCGGAUGCUACGUCCGGCUCCUGGUCACCGGCCGGCUCCCUCGGGCCGUGGCAGGGGGGCACCUGGAGCACAGCAGCGUGCCCUGUCUCUGCCAGUUCAUCGAGACCACCGUGCUCAACACACGCCAGAGCUGGUUCAUGGGCAGGUGACCAGAGGGGGCUGCAAAACGCUGAAAUAAAAGCUGUCCAUACACAACAGUGUGAAGAAGCUGUGGGGCAGAGGAGAGGGCUGUAAUCGCUCAUUCUGGACUUAUCUGGAUGAGUGGGUGGAAAUACGACUAAUAAAACAUGCAAGA